CAUCCUUGAGGCAAACUGGUCGGAGUCUUCCGAGAUUGGACAGUACAUGAGUUUAUCCCACCAAGCUGAUCCAAACAGAUGGCGGGGUGAAUUUGGCACAUAACGCCGGGAUUUUCCGGCGGGCCGUUUGCACGCUGCCGCUACAUCGGGUAACCGAUGCUAUCGUAGUCUCUAUCUAUAUAACACAUCGAUUUCGCAUAUCUCAUCGCCCAUCAUAUUAGUUCCUCAACAGGCUUCAGGCUCUACAUAUUUCACAACCUCCCCAAUCAGCAUACACUCUACACCAUGUCAACUGGUUGGACUGUUCAAGACUGGAAAGAUUUCCACUUCGAGGUCAGCCCCAACGAGUCGUUCGAACGCCUCGCUUCGCUUCUUGCUAGCCAAUCGACAUUUCCCCAAGAUCCAGCAUGGAUCUCGUUGGCCACCCUCGACAACCUUAAGCACCAGUGGCACUAUUUACAAUCCAAAGCCAACAAGCUCGAACUCCCUCUCUACGGAGUGCCGGUGGCCAUCAAAGACAAUAUCGACGUAAAGGACUUCGAAACUACCGCAGCCUGCCCUUCCUUUGCCUACAGCGCGCAAGAAGAUGCGACCACCGUCAAACUCUUGAGAAACGCUGGUGCCAUUGUCAUUGGUAAAACCAACUUGGACCAAUUUGCAACCGGCUUGGUGGGCACGCGUUCGCCUUACGGGGCUACCCCAAACACCUUUGACCCUGACUACGUCAGCGGUGGUUCUUCUGCUGGUUCUGCUUCGGUCGUGGCCAGAGGUAUUGUUCCAAUUGCUUUGGGUACCGACACUGCAGGCUCAGGAAGAGUCCCUGCAGCUUUGAAUAAUUUGAUCGGCUUGAAACCCACCAAGGGUGUGUUUUCGUGCAAAGGUGUUGUGCCAGCAUGUAAGUCCUUAGACUGUGUCAGUAUUUUCUCGUUGAACCUCCAGGAUGCUCAGCUCACAUUCAACAUCAUGGCCCAGGAAGAUGGCGAGAACGACGAGUACUCUAGACCUUUGCCAAAGAAUCCAUUGUUGAAGUUUUCCGCGUCGCCAAAAAUUGGUGUGCCCAGCAACUUGUUGUGGUACGGCGAGCAAGAAAACCCCAAGUUGUACAACAAAGCUGUGGAAUUGUUCAAGGAAGAAUUGGGCACUGAUACCGUCCCAUUAAACAUAGACCCUUUGUUGGAUUUGGCAAAGUGCUUGUAUGAAGGCCCAUGGGUCUCAGAACGUUACACUGCGACAAAAGAGUUUUUCGCAACCAAUCCUCCAGAAGCCGAUUUGGACCCCACAGUUGCAGCUAUCAUCAGAGGCGGUGAAAAGCACUCCGCCGCAACUGCAUUUGAUUAUGAAUACAAGAGACAAGGAAUUCUUCAGAAGGUCAGAAAACUACUCGAGGGAAUCGAUGUGGUGAUCGUCCCCACUGCCCCAUUAAACCCUUCCUUAAAGCAAAUUGAACAGGAGCCCGUUAAAAUCAAUUCAUACCAAGGCACAUACACCAAUUUUGUCAAUUUGGCUGAUAUGUCUGCUUUAGCCAUUCCUGCUGGUUUCAGAUCCGAUGGCUUGCCUUUUGGUAUCACCCUUUUGUCCCAUAAAUUCAACGACUAUGCGCUUUUGGAGUUGGCCUCCAGAUAUAUUAAAGCUUACUCGAAGACAGCACCAAGAUUCUACGGUUGUUUGAAAGAUAAGACAGUUUCUACUUUAGCAGAUGAAUUAUUGCCAAACGUUCCAGCUCCAAACACUGAUCUGCUUGUCAAGUUGGCCGUUGUUGGUGCCCACUUGAAGGGAUUCCAACUUCACUGGCAAUUGGAGAAGGUCAAUGCUACCUUUGUUGAGUCUACUACGACCUCAUCAAAUUAUAGACUUUACGCAUUGCCUAAGACCGGGCCAGUUGCAAAGCCAGGAUUAAGACGAGUCACCAAAGAUGGUUCUUCAAUUGCAUUAGAAGUGUACUACGUGCCAAAGGAAACAUUUGGAGAAUUCAUUAGCAUGGUUCCAGAACCUCUUGGAAUUGGUUCAGUUGAAUUAAAGUCAGGAGAAUGGAUUAAGUCUUUUAUCUGUGAGGAAUUUGGUUACAACUUACCUGGUACUACAGAUGUGACUUCUUUCGGUGGCUGGAAGAAUUACCAAGAACAUUUGAGUAAGGAAGCAAGUAGAGUGAAGAAACCAUUCAACUCCGUCUUGGUCGCCAACAGAGGUGAAAUUGCCGUCAGAAUUAUCAAGACCUUGAAGAAACUCGGAAUCAAGUCGAUUGCUAUCUACUCAGACCCUGAUAAGUACGCUAAACAUGUUUUGAUGGCAGAUGUGGCCAUUCCUUUGCAUGGUGUUUCUGCAGCAGAAACCUAUAUUUCUAUCGACAAGGUUUUAAAAGCAGCUAAGGAUUCCGGUGCCGAAGCUAUUAUUCCUGGUUACGGUUUCUUAUCAGAAAAUGCUGACUUCUCGGACCGUUGUGGAAGAGAAGGAAUUGUCUUUGUUGGACCAUCUGGUGAUGCGAUCAGAUUGUUAGGUUUAAAGCAUUCUGCUAGAGAAAUCGCAGAAAGGGCCGGAGUUCCUUUGGUUCCCGGAUCUGGCUUAGUCAAAGAUCCCAAGGAAGCCAGGGAAAUUGCCGCCAAAUUGGAAUAUCCAGUUAUGGUGAAAUCUACAGCUGGUGGUGGUGGUAUUGGUUUACAAAAAGUCGACUCCGAGGAAGAUAUUGAAAGAGUUUUCCUCACUGUUCAGCAUCAAGGUAAAUCUUACUUCGGUGAUCCAGGUGUCUUCUUAGAAAGAUUCGUUGAAAAUGCUAGACAUGUUGAAAUUCAAAUGUUCGGUGAUGGUUAUGGUAAAGCAAUUGCAUUAGGUGAGAGAGACUGUUCUUUACAACGUCGUAAUCAAAAGAUUAUCGAAGAAACACCAGCUCCCAAUUUGCCUGAAUCUACCAGAGCUAAAAUGAGAAAAGCAGCUGAAAGUUUGGGUGCCUCCAUGAACUAUAAGUGUGCUGGUACCGUUGAAUAUAUCUAUGACGAAAGAAGAGAUGAAUUUUACUUCUUGGAAGUCAACGCCAGAUUGCAAGUGGAACAUCCAAUUACUGAAAUGGUUACUGGUUUGGAUUUGGUCGAAUGGAUGUUGUAUAUUGCAGCCGAUAUGCCUCCUGAUUUCAGCCAAAAAAUUGAAGUUACAGGUGCCUCUAUGGAAGCAAGAUUGUACGCUGAAAAUCCAGUUAAGGAUUUUAUGCCAUCUCCUGGUCAAUUGACUGAAGUCAAGUUCCCUGAGUGGGCCAGAAUUGAUGGUUGGGUAGAUAAGGGUACAGUGGUUUCUGCCGAAUACGAUCCAACUUUGGCUAAAAUUAUCGUUCAUGGUAAGGAUAGAAAUGAUGCUUUGAAGAAGUUACGUCAAGCAUUAGAUGAAACUGUUGUAUUCGGUUGUAUUACCAACAUUGACUACUUGAGAUCUAUUGCCAAGUCAUCCAUGUUUGCAGAAGCUAGGGUUGCCACUAAAGUCUUGGACAGUUAUGAGUACAACCCAACAGCAUUCGAAAUCAUCCACCCCGGUGCUUACACCACUGUGCAAGAUUAUCCCGGUAGAAAAGGAUACUGGCACAUUGGUGUUCCACCCUCAGGAUGUAUGGAUGAAUACUCGUUCAGAGUUGCAAACAGAAUUGUCGGAAACCACAAGGCUAGUCCUGGUAUUGAAAUCACAUUGAAUGGUCCUAAAAUUUUAUUCCACCACGAUGCUAUUAUUGCUGUUACUGGUGGUAAGGUUGAUGUUGACAUUAAUGGACAUCAUGUUCCUCAAUGGGCUCCUAUUAAUAUCAAGAAGGGUGACAAAUUGUCUAUUGGAAAGAUGCAACAUGGUUGCAGAGCUUAUUUGUCUAUCAGGGGUGGUAUCGAUGUCACCGAAUAUUUGGGUUCAAGAUCCACUUUUGCCUUGGGUAACUUAGGUGGUUACAAUGGUAGAGCUUUAAAGUUGGGUGAUGUCUUAUUUUUGGCUCAACCAGAAAUUUCUAGCUGUACUUUACCAUCUUGUGUUUCUGAACCUACUAAGGUCCCUAACUCUUUGGUUCCAUCCUAUGAUAACAAGGUUUGGAAGGUCGGUGUCACUUGUGGUCCUCACGGGUCUCCAGACUUCUUCAAGGCUGAAUACGUUGAAGAGUUUUUCACUGAAACAUGGAAAGUUCACUACAAUUCGAACAGAUUUGGUGUUAGAUUAAUUGGUCCAAAGCCAAAAUGGGCUAGAAAAGAUGGUGGUGAAGCUGGUUUGCAUCCUUCCAAUGCUCACGAUUACGUAUACUCCUUGGGUGCCAUCAACUUCACUGGUGAUGAGCCUGUUAUCUUGACUUGUGAUGGUCCAUCCUUGGGUGGUUUCGUUUGUCAUGCUGUCGUUGCAGAAGCUGAAAUGUGGAAGAUUGGUCAAGUUAAGCCUGGUGAGCAAAUUCAAUUUGUCCCAAUAUCUUACGAAACUGCUAAAUCUUUGAAAGCUCAACAGGACAAGAUCAUUGAUGAUCUUAGAGGAGCUUUACCAUCAUUUGAAAAUCAAGUCAUCCAACCCGAAAACCCUGUUUUACACGAAUUCAAGGUUUCUUCUAAUGCUCCAAAGGUUACUUAUCGUCAAGCUGGUGACAGAUACAUUCUUGUUGAAUACGGUAACAACGAAUUAGAUUUGAACUUAUCAUACAGAAUCCACAAACUUAUUGAGAUGGUGAAGGAGCACAUGACACCAGGAAUUGUGGAAAUGUCUCCGGGUGUCAGAUCUGUCUUGAUUGAAUUCGGUUCAGAUAUCACUCAAAGACAAUUAUUGCAAACUUUGAUCUCUUAUGAGAAGGAGAUUGUGUUUAUCAACAAAUGGGAGACUAGUUCUAGAAUCAUUAAAUUGCCAAUGGCAUUUGAAGAUAAGAAGACUUUGGAUGCUGUCAAAAGAUAUCAAGAAACUAUUAGAAGUGAUGCGCCAUGGUUGCCAAAUAACGUGGACUUUAUUGCCAACAUCAAUGGAAUCAAGAGAAAUGAGGUUAAGGAUAUGAUGUAUACCGCUAGAUUCUUGGUUUUGGGAUUGGGUGAUGUUUUCUUGGGGGCUCCUUGUGCAGUUCCAUUAGAUCCAAGACAUAGAUUAUUGGGAACGAAGUACAACCCCUCGAGAACAUAUACACCAAACGGUACUGUUGGUAUCGGUGGUAACUAUAUGUGUAUCUACACUAUGGAUUCACCAGGUGGUUAUCAAUUGGUUGGUAGAACUAUUCCCAUCUGGGACAAGUUGACUUUGGGAGAACACUCCGGCAACAAGCCAUGGUUAUUGUCUCCAUUCGAUCAAAUUGAGUUCUAUCCAGUUUCAGAAGAAGAGAUUGAUAAAUUCACGGAGGAAAUGCAUGCUGGUAAAUUCAAGGUUGACAUCGUCGACUCUGUGUUUAACCACACCGAAUACAUGGAAUGGAUCCAGGAAAACUCUGCUUACAUCGAGGAAUUCCAGAAGUCCCAAACUGGUGAAAAGUUAGAGGAAUUCAACCGUUUGAUUCAAGUUUCCAAUAGUGAGUUAGAGAAGGGUGGAAGUAAUGUGGCUGAAGAUGAGGUCUUUGAUGAGGAUGCCGAAUUGGUCUACUCUGAAUUUUCCGGUAGAUUCUGGAAGUCGUUGGUCAAGGUUGGAGACGAAGUCAAGGCCGGCCAAGGGCUUAUUGUUGUCGAAGCCAUGAAGACCGAGAUGAUAGUCACUGCUACCAGAUCUGGUAAAGUCAUCAAGGUGUACCACAAGAAUGGUGAUAUGGUUGAUGCUGGUGAUCUUGUUGUUGUUUUAGAAGGUGAAGUUUGUACCUUUUCCUACUCUAUUAUCAAUCCGUUGUAUGAUCCCCACCAGAAUACCAUAAACCCGUGCUUUAUAUCUGCCCUCCACUUAGUGUUCAAUGCGUUCAUUGCCCUUCUAGGUGUGUACCAGCUUUGGCAACAGAGCUUCAGAAACUACUAUGGACCACACCAGAUAAAGUACUCGUUUGGAUCUCCGUUCAAGAUCCAGAGUGUGGGAAUCUUGCAGUUGGUCAAGCUCAACUCGAUCUUUCUCCAGAUCAUACUCUUUGUGUUCUUGCUUGACUUCUCAAAAUCUCCGGGGGUUACCACCCUCAAUAUCGUAUGGACCCUUAUCGUGACUACGUUUGUGUUUUUGCCAUUGCAAAUCUACGAGCCUACAAGGUCCCCUGUCACGUUGGCUUCUUCGCUAUUCUUUUGGACGGCUAAUGCUUUGUUUAACACCGGUGUAUUUUUGCAAGAUACCUUUUCCCUGCAAAAAGUCUGGAUACCGUUGCAUGCCUCUCCUCAAACUAUUUCAAUAAUAAGAACCAUUGAGUUAUGCGUGACUAUCAACACAUUGGCCAUCUUUAUUAUUCAGUAUUACUUUUAUCGCCCCUCAAAAGAGCUCAAGGAAUACUGGGAACUUAACGAUUGGAGCAUAGAUGCAAUUCACGAUAUAUACUCAAAUCUUGGGUUGUUGUGGCUUAGACACUACAUUGCCUAUGCUUACAAAGCCGAAGAGGUUACUCUCAAAGAUGUCCCUCCUGCUCAUAUUAAAAUUACCAGCGAGGUUUCACUUUCAAUUUUGAACCACUAUUGGAAUGUUGCUGUGGCAAAAAGUAUUGCCAAAAGAGAUGAAAAGCUCAAGAGAAUAUCUAAUCCUUCUUUAAAAGACAAAAAGCCACCAAAGUUCUCUUUGUUCUGGAUUUUUGUAAAGAUCUUUUGGAGAGACUCUGUUAAAAUCUUUUUUGCUGAUAUUGGAGACUUGAGCAGUUCUCUCGCCCGUACCUACCUUUUGAAGCAAUUUAUUCAAUUCUUCAGCGAGUCUGUGACUUCUUCAGAUAGACCAGUUAUUGUGGGUAUCACAAUUGCUGUGUUGAUGUUCUUCAUUGGAAUUAAGGCAAGGCUUCGUUCCAGUUUGGCUGCGAAGAUUUAUCAAAAAUCAAUUCUGUUGUCCCCCGAAGCUAGAAAGCACAAACCUAGUGGAGAUAUUAUUUCAAAUCUUGCAGUCGAUGUCGCAACCAUUAGCGACAGUUUUGAAACCCUCAGUGACUUGAUUACUAUGCCCAUCAGAUUAAUUGCAUCGUUGGUCGCUUUAUACAAGUUGUUGGGUAACUCUACAAUUGCUGGCCUCAUUGCUGCGGUGAUUUUAAUUCCCUGCAGCAGCAUCAUCAGUAAUUCGAUAUCAACACUUUACACAAGAAUAAUGAAUGUUAAAGAUUCGAGAACCAGAUUAACCUCAGAAAUCUUAACUUCGAUGAAAUCAAUUAAAUUGUUUGCUUGGGAAGAACCAAUGUUGAAAAGACUAUUUGCUGUUAGAAAUGACAAAGAAUUGAGAUUAGCUAGAAGAAUUGGUAUCUAUAAUUCGAUUGCCACAUUUACUUGGAUGUUGAUCCCCUUCACCAUGGCUAGUGUUUGUUUCAUAACUUAUAUUUAUAUUGGCAAGACUCCGUUGAUUCCAUCCAUAGUUUUUCCCGCUGCCACCUUAUUUGAAUUUAUUACAGAGCCAAUUCUACUUAUUCCCAACCUUUACGCUGAUGCUAUAGAAACAAAUGUUUCUUUGAAGCGUUUGCGGGAAUUAUUUUUGAUGGAAGAACUUGAAAGUGGUAUUGUUGAAAGAUCAUCUGAAACGUUGAAAUCGGGUGAAGCAUCGGUAGAAGUUUCAAACGCAACUUUCUUGUGGAAAUCCGAUCCUGAUGUGCCGAUUAAUGAUGAAGAAAACCAGAUUGAAAGCUCUGAUGUUGCCCUUGAUAAUAUUAAUUUUGUUGCCAAAAAAGGGGAGUUGACUUGUAUCGUUGGAAGGGUUGGUAGUGGUAAAUCAACCCUUCUCAAAGCACUACUAGGCGAAGUCGCACUCAAGCGGGACAAAUCUUCACACGUUAAGCUCAAUGGUACGAUUGCAUAUUGUGACCAAAACCCAUGGUUGGCCAAUGCUUCUGUUAGAGAAAAUAUCUUAUUUGGAAGCAGAUAUGAUCCAGAGUUCUACCAAAAAACAAUCUCUGCAUGUCAAUUACUACAAGACCUUGAAGUACUUCCAGAUGGUGAAAGAACCAUCGUUGGUGAAAAGGGUAUUUCUUUAAGUGGGGGACAAAAGGCAAGAGUAUCUCUAGCAAGGGCUGUGUAUUCAAGGGCGGAUAUUAUUCUCUUAGAUGAUAUUUUAUCUGCUGUUGACAGUCAUGUUGGAAAACGAAUUAUCCGAGAAGUUAUUGGAUCCACGGGAAUCUUAUCCACUAAAACCAUCGUUUUGGCAACAAAUGCAGUUAAUGUGUUAGCUAAAGCUAGUAUGAUAUAUUUGGUACAAAAGGGUAAAAUCGUGGAGAGUGGCAGUUAUGCUGAAGUCACUAAUAAAGAUUCCGAUUUAGCCAAACUCAUUGAAGAAUUUGGUGAGAAAAAGCACGAGGAAAGCGAAGAGGUAACUGAUGAGAAUAAUAACACGGAUGUAUCUUCAAUUUCCUCAAAUGAAGUUGCUCGGUAUAAUCCUGAAGCACAAUAUCACGAUGAAAUGGUUGAGGAAGAAAAUCCUUUAACUCAAGUUAGAUCUAAAACCACUUUAAGAAGAGCCAGUUUUGUUUCGUUUAAUCACGACUACACUGCAGAGGAAGAGGAUGAAGAUAAUCUGCCAAAGAGAACCGGAGCCACCCAAGAAAAUACUACUAAAGGAGAAAUUAAGACUUCUGUUUACCUUGAGUACUUCAAAGCCUGCAACUACUACUACGUUCUAUUUUACAUUAUUUGCUUUGGGGCGUACACUGGAUCUGAGCUUUUCAUACAAUACUUAUGCAAGAUAUGGUCCGAGAAGAAUUUAGAGGCUGGUCAUAACGUCAAUUCUGCGUUCUACUUGAGUCUCUACGUCAGUUUGGGAUUCGCUGGAUGUUUUGCUACCUUAUUGGGAUACUUUGUUAUUUGGUAUUACUGUGUUAUCAGUGCAUCCAAACAUUUUCACGACACAAUGGCUAGAAAAGUCCUUAGAUCGCCUAUGUCUUUUUUUGAAACAACUCCUGUUGGUAGAGUUAUCAAUAGAUUUGCUGAUGACAUGAACUCAAUUGAUGAGCGUCUAGUCUGGGCUUUUCUUGGAGUUGUUGACUUUUCAAUGAUGACUUUAGGAGUUCUUGUUGUUAUUGUCAUCAAUUUGCCAAUAAUGAUUUUUGUGAUUAUGGGAUUAACUAUACUUUAUAACCAAGUGAGAAAGUAUUUCAUUGCCUCGCAAAGAGAGUUGAAGAGAAUUGAAAGUGCUCGAAAGAGUCCUGUGUUUGCCCAUGUCCAAGAGUCAUUAAACGGUAUCAGCACCAUUAGAGCUUAUGAUCAAAUUGAAAGGUUCAUCUAUCGAAAUGCAAAGGAUGUCAAUACCUUGACUAGGGUAUUUUAUAUGAAUGUUUGUUGUGGCCGGUGGUUGUCAAUGAGGUUACAGGCAAUUUCUUCACUUGUUUCAUUUGCAUCCUCGAUUCUUAUAUUGUUGACCUUAGGAACUUCUAAGCAAUUAAGUCCUGGGUUGGUUGGAUUCCUUAUGGUCAAUGCUUUGACCAUAACUGGCCACUUAAAUACCAUUAUCAGGUAUUGGGCUCAAAUUGAGAAUGAGACUAUUUCAGUUGAAAGAGUAGUUGAGUACUGCAACUUGGAUUCAGAAGCAGAGCCCAUAAUUGAGGAUAAAAGACCAGAAAAAAGUUGGCCAUCGAAGGGACAAAUCAAGUUUAUCGAUUAUUCUGUGAAGUAUAGACCCAACCUUGACCCGGUGUUGAAGAAUAUAUCGUUAGAAUUCAACGAGGGUGAGAAAAUUGGUAUUGUUGGAAGAACCGGUGCUGGAAAGUCUACUCUUUCUUUGGCACUUUUUAGAAUUAUCGAAGCUAAUACCGGUCAUAUUGAAAUUGAUGGAAUUGAUACCAGCAAGAUUGGUCUUUAUGAUUUGAGACACAAUUUGAAUAUUAUACCUCAAGACUCGCACGCAAUUGAAGGAUCUGUUAGAGAAAACUUAGAUCCUUUCGGUAACUUUACGGAUGAACAGUUGUGGAGAGUUUUAGAAUUGGCAAGUUUGAAAGAGCAUGUUGAAGGAAUGAAAAAUAAGAAGAAACGAGACGAUGAAGACAUUGAAGAUAGUGACGAUGAAGAUGAUGACAAGGAUGAAGAAAAUGAGUCACAAGAUUCCGAUGAAGUCGUGGAGUACGAAGAAGGUCUUUCUGCCAGGGUUUUCGAAGGUGGGUCAAACUUAUCUGCGGGUCAGAGGCAACUUCUUUCUCUUGCUAGAUCAUUAUUAAACCCAUCACAAGUUUUGAUCUUGGAUGAGGCAACUGCUGCUGUUGACGCUCAAACUGAUAAAAUCAUUCAAAAAACAAUUAGAUCCGAAUUCAAUGAUAAAACCAUCUUGACUAUUGCUCAUAGAUUGGACACAGUUUUGGAUAGUGAUAAAGUGUUAGUGUUGGGCAAUGGAGAAGUUAAAGAGUUCGAUACUCCCAAAAAUUUACUAUCAGAUCAAAGCACGAUAUUUUACUCCCUCUGUAAAGAAGGUGGGUAUCUUAAUUCCUUGGAUAUUACUUCUCUAAAAUGAUCUUGUUGACAGCUAGAUUACUUUGUUUAUCAACUAUGCCUGAUUAAAAUUAAAUAUCAAUUUCUUUGAAAUAAAAUACCAAC